AUAAAAGGAGAAGCGCAGGAAAGUGUCCUCAGUUGCAUCGAAGAGAAAGAGAGAGAGAGAGAAAGAGAGCUAAUGGCAACAGUUGGAGGCAACCGUGAUGUGGCAGGAAGCCAGAACAGCGUUGAGAUCGAUAGUUUAGCUCGCUUUGCUGUCCAAGAACACAACAAAAAACAGAAUGCCCUUCUGGAGUUUGGAAGGGUGGUAAAUGCAAAACAGCAAGUGGUAUCUGGUACCUUGUACACCAUCACUUUAGAGGCAAAAGAUGGUGACCAAAAAAAGGUUUAUGAAGCCAAGGUUUGGGAGAAGGCAUGGUUGAACUUCAAGGAGCUGCAGGAGUUCAAGCUUGUUGGAGAUGCACCUGCAGGAUCUAGUGCUUAGCUAGGUUACUGAAGACUGCAGAAUGAGACAGCCUGGCUUGAAGGUGAAAGGCUAAGGAUAUAUCAAAGCAUCCUAUAUGUAUAAAAUAAAUGUAGCUUUUACCUUCGGUAUGGAUAUUUGAACUCGAAAUUUGGAAUCCUGUUUAAAGGUUAAAUGCAAGAAAUAUAUGAUCCUCUUUUGUAUGU